AUGCCGAACUUGGAUGCGCCGCCCCAGGAACAGCAACGCGUCAAGGCUUUCCAGCGCACCUUGACUGAGAUGUGUCCCAAGAACCUUGCCAAACUGUUCAAGGAGGCAAAUGAGGCCAUGGGAAUCCGAACUGCCACGACCACCACUUCACCGAACGGCACCACCCUCCCGGCGUUCAGCGAGCAUGUUCUCAAGAUCGAGAAGCUCGGCCCCAACGAGGAGCACUUUACCGUGAUUGACGUUCCUGGUAUCUUUCGACAGGAAACUGAUGGCGUAACCAAGGAAAGCGACAUCGAGCUUGUCAUGAGCAUGGUCAAGAAGUACAAGAUCUUGAAGCUGGCCAAGAACGCUGAUCCCACCAUGACGAGAACCAUGGCUGUUCUUACCAAGCCUGAUCUGGCAAUCGAGCAGACCACCCAACAGUUCGCAAUCGAUCAUGUCAUGGGCAAGAGAAGCGACCUCCCCCUGGGCUACUACAUCGUCAAGAACCGAGGUCCGGAUGAUGCGAACAAAAGCCUUGAGCAGGGGCAGACAGACGAGCGAAGUUUCUUUGCCAAGACCCCUUGA